AUGUUAUUCCAUUUAUUCAUAAUAUUUCAAAUUAUACAUUCAGUUUCAUGUGUUAUAACAUGUUAUAUUUGUCCAAUAGAUGCGAAUAGUUUUGAUUAUUUUAUUACACCAGAUCGUUUACCAGAUACACUUAAUAAUUGUACAUUACAAACAAUUGGAGAUAAUUGUUUUAUUGAUGUUAUAUGGCAUCGAAAACCAGAUAAAACUGAAUUAACAUUAAGUACUAAAGAUAAUCCAAGAGCGAUAUACAAUGAACACAAUCUUAAUACUAUUAAUAGUUUGGAAAAUAAGAAUUCUAAUUUCGUAUGGACUAGAUCAAUUUCAUAUACAUGUUCUACUAAUUAUUGUAAUAGUUUAACUGUAUUAAAACGUUUAUUAAAUUCGUUAAUAUUGAAUGAUUAUUUUAAUGAACUUGAAUAUCUCCUUAAUAGAGAAGAACCAUUUGAUGGUAAUUGGUGUUGGUUUAAGAAAAAUAUGACUUCAUUAACGUGUGUAAUUGUAAUACCACCAGAAUCUUGUAAAGCAUGUUUUUUUCAAGGAGUAAGUCGUCGUAAUUCAAUAGAAAUCUGUGAAACAUGUUUACAGGAUGAUAUUGGUGAAACAGCUUUAUCACAUGAAGUGGAUUUCAAUAUGACUGAUCGAACACGUAUUGAUCAUUGGAUUCUUGAAUGUAAAUCAAGAAAUUGUAAUACAGAAAAUAAUGGCGAUCUUAUCCGUCAAAAGAGUACAUCAAAUUUUGAUUUUAUCGAAUUUUUAGAUGAUGCUAAUAAUCCAAAUAUUUUAUCAUCGAUGAGAAAAAUAAUAUUACUUUUUAUUGUUUUUUUCAUAAAAUUUCUUAAUUAA